AUGCAGCGUGCUCCCGUUACAGUUGAGGAACAGUUGUUGCAAAAAGCGAUUAACGAAGAGUGUCCAUGGGAGAAUCUACCGAAGCGGAUUCAAGCUACUCUUUCUACCAAAGACGAAUGGCACCGAAGGAUAAUCGAAUGCUGUAUAAAGAAGAGGCUUCAAUGGAAUAGCUGUUUUGCCCGGAAAGUUUGUAAAGAAAGUGAAUAUUAUGAAGAUAUGAUGCGUUACUUGCGCAGGAAUCUUGCUCUGUUUCCUUAUCAUCUGGCGGAGUAUGUUUGCCGUGUAAUGAGGGUGUCUCCUUUCAGAUAUUAUUGUGAUAUGAUUUUUGAAGUAAUGAGAAACGAGCAACCAUAUGACAGCAUCCCAAAUUUUAGUGCAGCAGAUGCUUUAAGACUUGCAGGAAUUGGGAGAAAUGAAUUUAUUGAUAUAAUGAACAAGUGCAGAUCUAAGAAAAUCAUGUGGAAACUGAACAAAUCAAUUGCAAAAGAACUCUUGCCUACACAACCUGUAGAUUUUCUUAUUGAAUCUUGGUGGGGAGUUUGUCUGGUGAACUUUACGUUGGAAGAAUUUAAGAAACUCUCUGAAGAGGAAGUUGCCACUAUAGACAAAAUAUUGUAUCCAGAGGAUCGGUUCAAAGUGUCAAGGCUUGAAGGUUUUGUAUCCAACAGGGAGCAGUCUUAUGAAGAUCCUAUUGAAGAGUUAUUGUAUGCAGUUUUUGUUGUUUCAAAUGAAAAUGCAUCUGUUGCGGAAUUGGCAACAACCCUACAGGCUGACUUGUCACAACUGCAGGCUGCUGCAUCAUUUGUAUGUCGAUUGGGAUGGGCAACAAAAGUUAUUGAUCCAUCAUCUAUUCUUCAAGAUACAAGUAUACCUGGGUCUCCAAGAAGUGCAGUUAGUGAUGAAGAUGUUUCUCUUGCUCGUCAUGGUUUUGACAAUAUCCAUAUUGAUAAUGAUAUUCAAGCGGAUGCUUCGGGUUCAAGCAACCAUGGUCCUCGUUCGGCCUAUACCUGUGUUGCCUUCAUAGUUGAUGCCAACAUAACAUCCUAUCUUAUGAUGGGUUCUGUUUCACCAGGUCUUAAAUCUCAUGCUGUUACGCUCUAUGAAGCGGGUAAAUUAGGUCAUGCCAGCAUUUCUGAUCUUUGCAAGGAUCUUAGCACUCUGGAAGGUGCAAAAUUUGAGGGAGAACUGCAGGAAUUUGCCAAUCACGCAUUCAGCCUGCGUUGUGUUUUAGAAUGUCUACAAUCAGGCGGAGUUGCUUCUGAUGUGAAAGUUGAGGAAGGACUUGAUAAGAUGAAUAUGGCUACUCCAAGCAAUGAUGAACCAGGCUCUCUAACAGCUGAAAUAUCCUUGUCUGAAAAAUUAGGAGACUCUGGGGUUACAGAAGCAGAAAUAAAUAAUGAUGAUUUAUUGAGUUUAGAUUUGGAGAAGUCUGCCGAGGCUUCUGUUUCCUAUGAAGUCGUUCCUAGUGAUGGAACCAGUUCUAUUACAUUGGAAGGUGAUGGCAACGACAUACUGGAUUCCAGUAAUGAUGAAAAUCUCCAAAACAAUGAGAAACUAAUGGUUGAAGGGUCAGAUGUUGGAACAGAAAUGCUAAAGAGGAAAAAAAAAUAUCGUGUAGAUAUUCUUCGAUGUGAAAGCUUGGCUUCUCUCUCACCAGCAACCCUUGAUCGUUUGUUUCUUCGUGACUAUGAUAUAGUUGUGUCCAUAUUGCCGCUUCCUCAUUCAUCAGUUCUUCCUGGACCUGGAGGUCCUGUUCAUUUUGGUCCUCCCUCGUAUUCUUCUAUGAGUCCUUGGAUGAAAUUGGUAUUAUAUUCUACUGUAACAAGUGGGCCUCUGUCAGUUGUUCUGAUGAAAGGACAGUGUUUGCGCUUGCUUCCUGCUCCAUUGGCUGUCUGUGAGAAAGCUCUCAUAUGGUCUUGGGAUGGUUCCACAGUAGGAGGGUUAGGAGGAAAGCUUGAAGGAAAUUUAGUGAAGGGAAGUAUACUUUUGCAUUGUUUAAAUUCACUUCUUAAGCAUUCAGCCGUGCUGGUGCUGCCUCUCAGUAAGUUUGAUCUUGAUAAAUCUGGAAAAUUGAUUACUAUGGAUGUCCCUUUGCCCUUAAAGAACGCUGAUGGCUCAAUUGCUCCUGUUGGAAAAGAGUUAGGAAUAUCCGAAGAGGAAAGUUCAAAGCUGAACUCUCUAUUGAGCGAUUUGGCAGACACGUUGGAACUGUGGACAGUUGGAUACAUCCGCUUGCUUAGACUGUUUAAUGAUAGAGAGCCUGAGCAGUUUUCACCUGAAGAAAAGUAUGAUUGGGUUCCGUUGAGUGUUGAGUUUGGGAUGCCAUUAUCUAGCCCAACGUUGUGUAAUGAUAUAUGUAGAAGGGUUGUGUCAUCUGAAUUGCUUCAAUCUGGAUCAUUUGGUGAACACCAUCAUGCGAUGCAAAGCUUAAGGAGAAAAUUACAUGACAUUUCUUCAGAGUACCAAGCAACAGGGCCUGCUGCUAAGGUACUUUACCAGAAGGAACAAUUUAAGGAAUCCUCACGACAGCUUAUGAACUAUGCUAGUGGAAGAUGGAAUCCACUUGUGGACCCUUCCUCUCCCAUUUCAGGGGCAUCAAGUGAGCAUCAAAGGUUAAAACUUGCAAAUCGACAACGAUGCAGAACUGAAGUUUUAAGCUUUGAUGGCAGUAUUCUUAGAUCUUAUGCCUUAGCUCCUGUUUACGAAGCUGCCACAAGGCCCAUUGAAGAAGGCACUCAAGCCAACACGAUAAAAGCUGAACCAGAUGAUAAUGAUAGCAAAGAAGCACGUCAGCCUAUUUCCUUAAUAGCAGAAGCAGCAGCUGCCUCGGCAUCUUUAGCAAUCAAAUAG